AUGAUGGAGCUGAAGAAGGCCAAAGUGGAUCCAUCCACUGUGGAGAAGGAUUUCGCACUCGGAGAAGUCCACGAUAUCGGCGCCAAUCUAUAUGUGGAGGCCGAGCAGUUGUCCGCCGAAGAACUGGAGCAAGAGGGGGCCAAGGUGCUCCGUAUCCUCGACUGGAGGAUUAUGCCAAUUCUCUAUGUCACAUACGUGAUCCAGUUCCUAGGUAUGGUACCCCAUGUCUCCCUUUUAUUCACACGGCCUGGCUGCAGCUCACACUCGGCAUUCCAUAUAGACAAGCUGUCUCUCAACUAUGCAUCAGCCUAUACGCUGAUUCCAGACCUCGGACUCGAGGGUCAGAGAUACUCCUGGGUGGCAGCCAUCUUCAAUUUUGGAUAUCUCUUCUGGGCCAUUCCUGCCAACCUCUUGAUCCAGAAGCUACCUGUCGCCAAGUACAUGGGCGGCAUGCUUUUGACUUGGAGUGUCCUUGUAGUUGCCCAUAUCGGAGCAAAGAACUACGCGGGAAUUUUAGUUCUUCGAUUUCUUCUUGGUAUGGCAGAAGCAGGGGUCAGUCCUUGCAUGAUGGUUAUUACGUCCAUGUUCUACAAGCGUUCUGAACAGCCCUUGCGGAUGGCGAUCUGGCUGAGUGCCAACGGAAUGGCAACUAUGGUCGGGGCUCUCUUGGGAUUCGGUCUCGGUCACUCUCACAACACAAACCUCCAUAGCUGGCAGCUGAUCUUCCUGACGAUCGGUCUACUCAACUUCGUCUGUGGUGGUGUGUUUCUGGCAGUCAUGCCGGAUUCCCCCAGCUCCGCGCGGUUUUUGACGCAUCGUCAACGGGUCGUUGCUGUCCGCCGGGUGGCAGAGAACAUGAUCGGUGUGAAAACACGCAAAAUCAAACUGAGCCAAGCGAUCGAAAAUGUCUACGACGUGAAGGUUCUCUGCUGUGCGUGCAUUGGCAUCGCGUGCGGUGUGAUCAACGGCGGCGUGUCGAACUUUGCCUCCUCCUUGAUUAAAGGGUUCGGAUUCAGUGGAAUCUACGCAACUCUUCUUCAGCUACCUACCGGAGCUUUCGAAGCCGCUAUAGUUCCGAUUUGUGGAAUUGUGGCGACAUAUGUCCCCAACUCACGCUGCAUUGUUCUCGCCGUUGUCAGUCUUGUUCCUUUUGGUGGCCUGCUGGGUAUUCGGUUUACCAGUCUUGACCACCGCUGGACCCUUGUCGGCUGCACUUGGCUCCAGUAUAUCAUCGGGGCCCCGGUCAUUGUUUCCUGGAACCUUCUAUCCACUAACGUGGCAGGCCACACGAAGAGAGCUUUCGCAAAUGGAAUAUGGUUCACAAUGUACGCGGCUGGGAAUGUUGCCGGUGCCAACAUCUUUUUCGCCCGCGAAGCCCCGCGAUAUUAUUCUGCACUCACCGGAUUAUUAGUCUGCUACGCAGGGAUUAUUGUGCUUUCCAUUCUAGCAUACGUUGUCAUGAGGUGGGAGAACGCACGUAGAGACGGACAAGUUGAAGCUGUGGAUGGGACUAGAGAAGAAAUCAGCUCCAAGGCCAUUUUGGAUGGCUUCAAGGACAUGACAGACAUGGAGUCUAAACAUUUUCGAUACGCACUUUGA